CAGUUUUUCCCUUUCUAUUCGUCUCCGGUCUCCACCCCCUCCUCCCCCGUCCUCGCCUCGCCCCCACCUCGCCGCGCGCCCUAACCCUAGCUCCCCGAUUCCACGCUGCUCCAGCCGAGCUCGCUCGCGGGGCGCCCUGGUUGGCCUCCGCGCCCUUCUAAUCUCGCGCGGAUUCGGCGCCGCGCCUGGAGAUGGACCCGAUGGACAUCGUGGGCAAGUCCAAGGAGGACGUCUCCCUCCCCAAAUCAACAAUGUUUAAGAUAAUUAAAGAGAUGCUUCCUCCUGAUGUUCGAGUGGCAAGAGAUGCACAGGAUCUUCUUGUUGAGUGCUGUGUAGAGUUCAUCAAUCUCCUGUCUUCUGAAUCCAAUGAAGUAUGCAGCCGAGAAGAGAAGAAAACAAUUGCUCCUGAGCAUGUUCUCAAGGCCCUAAGUGAUCUUGGCUUCAGAGAGUACAUUGAUGAGGUUUAUGCUGCAUAUGAACAACACAAACUUGAUACUCUGGACUCACCAAAAGCUAGCAAGUUCACUGGGAUUGAGAUGACAGAGGAAGAAGCUGUUGCUGAGCAACAAAGGAUGUUUGCUGAGGCCCGUGCAAGGAUGAAUAAUGGAGCCCCCAAGCCAAAGGAGCCAGAACAAGAGCAGCAGCAGCAACAACCACAUCCUCAGCUUCAGUUGCAUACUCCACCACAGCAACCCAUGCAGCCUCAACUGCAGCUGCAUUCGCCAACACAGCAGUCCCUCCAACCUCAACUGCAGCUGCAUCCUCAGCCGCCGCAGCACCCACAAGCGCAGCUGCAUUCUCAGUCGCAGCAACCCCAAGUGCAACCGCAGCAGCCACCACAAGUGCAGCUGCACCCUCAGCUGCAGCAAACCCCACAGCCGCAGCAACCCCCACAAGCGCCGCUCCACCCACAGCCGCAGCAAACACCACAAGCGCCGCUGCAUCCAUCACCAGAGCAACCCGAACCUCAGGUGCAUCUGCAAUCACAUGAGCUCCCACAAGCGCAGCUGCAACCCCAGCUGCAAGCUCAGCCACAGCCACAGGCGCAAACUGAACAUGGUGGGGACAGUUAGAGAGUCAGUGUUGUGUAGCCUCAGUAUAAGUCAAAAACCUGGUGCUUUUGCUGGCAUUUACUAGGAGCCUGUAUGCCUGCUUGUGACUUGUUAGAUCCUGAUUUAGGUUUCCGUGCUUCAUGUACAAUGUAAAUCCAGUGUGAUUGCAGUUGCCUUGUUGCUAAUAAACCGAAGCCGUUAGUUACUGAUGAUGAGGCCCCGAAUACCGAAUCCCUGACUAUGCCUGUAGGCUCUAGUCUCAUGGCAAGUUCCGCCGUGCUGAAAGAUAUUCUGUUAUCAUUGUAAUAGCCUAACUUGACAUUUGUCCAUGGUGAUAGUGACUGAUUUGGAUGA